AUGUCGACUGGAGCAGGCGGCAAGCCGCUCGCGCAGCUGUACAAAUCUACUGGGAAUGAAGCGCUUGAUACGCUUGCUUUCCUCCACUUACUGGAGAGGUUGAAGAUCGAGAAGCGGACAGGAUGGGUGCGAGAAGGCGUGCAUCAAGCAGAGAGUAUCUCGGAUCACAUGUGCCGUAUGGCGCUCAUGGCGAUGAUGAUCCCAAACAACGGGGAAAAGCCACUCGACAUUCCACGUUGCGUCAUGAUGGCUCUUGUUCACGACCUCGCGGAAGCUCAUGUUGGCGAUAUCACCCCCGUAGAGGGUGUCUCGCCGGACGCAAAGCAUGAGCUGGAAGAGCGGGCGAUGGACAACUUUUUGGAGGAGAUGCUGGGCGGACCGGGAAACAAGGAGGCGCGGGAACGAUUCAGGUCGCUUUGGGAUGAAUACGAGACGAGACAAACACCCGAAUCCAAGCUCGUCAAGGAUCUGGACCGAUUCGAGCUCGCUCUCCAGGCUGUUGAGUAUGAACGAUCACAAGAUAUCCAAACCCUCCACCCCUUCUUCACCGGCUCCGUCCCCAACCUUGAACACCCCGUUAUCCGCGGCUGGGCCGAAACGCUCAUGGUGGAGCGAAAAGAGCUGUGGGCGUCGAGGGGCAGGGAGAAGGAGCAGGAGGAGGGUUUGGCAGGGUACUCGGUUGGGAGCGUCACUGAUGGGAAGACUGCUUGA